AUGCACAUGCGGCAAGAAGGCGCACGAACGCCGAUGUGUGAUCGACUACGGCCCGCUCAACGCAGUGACAGUGCAGACCGCCUACCCACUGCCGCCAAUGCCGGACCCCCCGCUGCCGGACACAACCUGUACACCAAGCUCGACGUAGUCAACGCACCCGACCGCAUCAGGAUGGCCGCGGACCACGCCUAUAGACAAAACGGCCUUCAUCUGCUCCCGCGGUCGCCGGUACCGGUGGAACGGUCAUGCCGCCGUUUCGGCCUCAAGAGCGCGCCCCGCCACGUUCCAACGCAUGCUCGUCGAUGGGUUCCUCACUCGCCCCCGCCCCACGCCUUCUGCCGCGUGCUCGCGGACGACUGCAUCGUCUGGGCCGACUCACUCGCCCGCCGAGAUGGUUUCUCGCACACACGCACCGCUCUGUCCCUGUUCCGUGACGCCGGCCUCUGCUUGAGGAUCUAG